GCACUGCAUCAGUCUGUCGCGCCGGUAAAGCUGCCGUGACCUCCGCACUACUCAUUUUAUAGUUUCUCAACUAGAAGCCAGCAGUUCAUAUCGGUUUAAAGUCCAGCUCCCGGUUGCUUUUGGAGUUUCUCGUGGACUCGUCCCAUCAUGCGUCUCCGGUUUGCCCUGUGCGUAACGGCCCUGCUGGCCUCUUCGUGUCUAGUGGCCGAGGCGCGGGUAGCCAAACGCAGCCCCAUCGGCUGCCCGGAGAGGUGCGACAAAUCCCAGUGCGCGCCGAUCCCCGCAGACUGCCUGGCCGGCGACGUGCUGGACCGCUGCGACUGCUGCCCGGUGUGCGCGUCCGGCGAAGGCGAGCAGUGCGGCGGCACCGAGGACCGCGAGUGCGCCGAGGGCAUGGACUGUGUGGUGACCGACGGCGUGGAAGUGUCCUCCACCGUCAGGCGGAGGGGCAGGGCCGGCGUGUGCGUGUGCAGCAGCUCCGAGCCGGUGUGCGGCAGCGACGGCGUCUCCUACCGGAACAUCUGCGAGCUGAAACGCGUCAGCAACCGUGCGACAAAGCUGCAGCAGCCGCCGGUGAUUUUCAUCCAGAGAGGCACCUGCGGCAAAGGUCAGCAGAACCCUGACAGUCUUCGUUACAAGUACAACUUCAUCGCUGACGUGGUGGAGAAGAUUGCACCUGCUGUUGUUCAUAUUGAACUGUACCGCAAGAUGAUAUUUUCGAAGCGGGAGGUGGCAGUAGCCAGCGGCUCCGGGUUUGUUGUGUCAGAGGACGGACUCAUCGUCACCAACGCCCACGUCGUGGCCAAUAAGCACAGAGUAAAGGUGGAGCUGAAGAGCGGAGCGACAUUUGACGCAAAGAUCAAAGACGUGGACGAGAAGGCAGACAUCGCUCUGAUCAAGAUCGAUGCACCGAUGAAGCUGCCGGUGCUGCUGCUCGGCCGUUCGGCGGACCUUCGGCCCGGCGAGUUUGUGGUGGCCAUUGGCAGCCCGUUCUCCCUGCAGAACACCGUCACCACUGGCAUCGUCAGCACCACCCAGAGAGGAGGCAAGGAGCUGGGCCUUCGCAACUCUGACAUGGACUACAUCCAGACAGACGCCAUCAUCAACUACGGCAACUCAGGAGGACCACUAGUCAAUCUGGACGGAGAGGUGAUUGGCAUCAACACUCUGAAGGUCACAGCAGGAAUCUCCUUCGCCAUCCCCUCAGAUAAGAUUAGACAGUUCCUGGCAGAGUCACACGACAGGCAGAGCAAAGGUAAAACAUCCCCAAAGAAGAAAUACAUUGGUGUUAGAAUGAUGAGUCUCACUCCAACACUAGCUAAGGAGCUGAAGGAGCGGCAGUCGGACUUCCCAGAUGUCACCUCUGGGGCGUAUGUCCUUGAGGUCAUCAGCCGGACUCCAGCUGAGGCAGCUGGCCUGCAGGAGAGCGAUGUCAUCAUCAGCAUCAAUGGCGAGCGAAUAACCUCAGCCAGCGAUGUCAGCGCGGCCAUAAAGCGGGACGAGAAGCUGCGAACAGUCGUGAGGCGCGGCAACGAGGACAUCAUCCUCACCAUCGUCCCCGAGGAGAUCGAGCCUUGACCUCACAGCUGACCUAACAACCAACUGACUCAAGAACCUAACCAGUCAACCAAUCUCGAGCUGGCUCUCAGUGUUUUUCAACCAAUCAUGAACACUUUGAAAAACAAAGCAACCAAUAGGGGCCUCGGUUUCCGGGGCCACACCUACUGCGUUUAAGAACUUGUAAUUAUUAGUACUGCUACUUGUCUUCCAUGCUAUUACUCUCACACACACACCUUCAGAGGUCCAACCUCAGUACCCAGGGAAGUGAAGCUUCAACCAUGUUGUCGUUCUUCUCAUAUUAGUUUUAUUUUUUCCUCUAAUCCCCCUUUAAUUUCCAUCAUCACAGACCUUAUAUAUACUUCUAACACCAUCUGCCGCUACAAAGCAGUUACUGCAGGUUACUGUAGUUUUGUUGUGUAUGUUCUUGAUGGAAUAUUUUUUAAUAGUAUUUUUGUCUCUAUGUGUUUUAUGACAAUUUUUCAAAAAGGGAAUAAAAUUAUUUUUAAAAGUGCUGUCUUUAUUAACAGUGUUGAGAUAAUAACUGUCAUUCAGUGUUUGAUCUCAAACAAGGUCCUCAGUCAGUCAGAAAGAUCUAACAAUAGGCACAACACAGUUUUGUGCUAGCUUUGAUUAUUCUGUACACAUGCUUUCUCAUUUCCAUGAAAAACAUUUUUUGGUUAACAACAGUUUAAACUACUCCUUAAUGACGUCCAUAAGUCGCAGGUAGGGGUUGCUCAGGGAGCCCUCUUAGAUCCCGUGAGCUUCUGAAGACAGGUGGAGGUUUUUCAGCCCUCUUCCUCUUUGUGGAGUGUUACCUUCUUUUUCUACAUCAUCACGUAUUUGGUGUACUACUCUUCUCUCUCUACUCUACUCUCUGCUGAACUUGUAACGUUUCCUCUAGACUGGUAGGUAAACAGCUGUCGACGCUAACGCUGGCUAUGAGGGGAAAGGAAAGACUUGCAUAUAGCACCUUUAACUCUACACACUCCAAACGAAACCAAAUGAGUGAACCACGAAAUUGGAAUAUUUCACCACAGAAAAAUAAACUAUGUCUCCAUUAAAGGUAUUAGAGAAGAAACUGCCUGUGUUCAGAAGGAGCCCAAGAAAACAAGUCUAGAAAAAACUCCAUCAUCUCUCAAACAUCUUGUUCUCUGCUCUGACUCUGGUGUGCCCUCUCUCUGUGCCAUGUUACACACUGACACACUGAGUUCAGCACAGUAUGACGCAAUCUAUUAGCCCCAGUGUGUGUGUGUGUGUGUGUGUUGUUGUGCGAGGGCCCAGUGGAGCGAAGGUGUUAUGUAAAACUUGUUUCAGUUCAUGCAGGAGGUGAAAUGAUGUCAGCCAGUGCCAUGCGUUCUCACACAGAGAGCGUCUAAGCUAAAUGGCACUAAUAAGCACUAUUGCUCUGGCUAAAAACAUUUUAGCAUCUCAAAGAUGAGAAUGUAACUUAUGUGUCAGCAACAACAGCUCCAGAUGUUUUCACAGCGUGCCAGUU